AUGCUCGACAAAUUGAGUCUGCUCCUCAGGGGAAAAGGUAUGCUGAUGAUGAUUUCCACCGCCCUUGCCGUUGCAGUUGCCGGCGUUCUGUGCUAUCUGUGGGACGAUGACAAAUCAAGGUGCGCAAACAAAGAGAAUAUGUAUACUAGCCGCUGUUGCGGGAAAGAGCAGGACGGGAAGCGCGGUGACGAUCAGGGAGGUCAUGGUCUCUGCUGUGUGUGUCAUAACGCCACUGCCAGUGAACUUUUUCUUCCUUGCGGUCACCUGGUUUUCUGUUCGCCGUGCUGUGAGGAAUACGUGAGGAGAAGAAAUGACUCUUGCCCGAUUUGCAGGCAAAAAUACACUAGCCUCUUCCAUGUUUUUACCAACUGA